CUCUCUCUCUCUCUCUCUGUGUUGCAGGCCUUUCUGUAAAUAUCAUAUUGUCUGAUGGAAGACAGUCUCUAAGAUUCCAUGAGGGCAGAAUUGAAGCGUACAGAUCAACGUAACAAUUCAAGGAGGAGAGAGUUAGAUUUCUACAUCACUAGAAAAUGAUGUCUCUUGGAUUCGAUUCAUUCAUAUCCAGACCUUCUUGCUUUCGUCUCUAACAGCUGCUUAACCCACAAUUUGGGAGCAUUAGAAUAUAUAUUAUUGUAAGGAAAAAAAAAAAAAAAAGUUGGGAGGGAUUUACAGAAAUUCGAAGAUCUCGAUCAGUUCUUGUAAUAGCAGCAGCAGCUACGAGGAAUUGAAAUUCAUUCAUGUCCCAGAGUUUCCAUCAAAGCAGCCGUAUCACAACCUUCUCAAAUGCCUACGAAAGAUCCUUGGCAGAAAAGCCACCUGCCGACUGGAUGCUGCGAGUGCAAAGCUUCGACCGGCUACCGCCACCGCACCCAGAUUUAGGCGACGGCGGCGGCGGAGGGACGCUGAUGGAGAUUAUGAACUUGCCAUGGCAAAAAGAUGAUGUCUUGGAAGAUCAGAUCCAAACCAGUACUUACCGAUGGCCUCAAAAGCUGCAGCAUCUGUCGCCUGCAAACGAGCUUUCUUUGAUGAAUCAUCAUGUCAAAGCUUCUGCUCCACCUCCAAAUUACCUCCCAAAAUCUGCCCCCAAUUCCUCCUCGUACUCUCAUCUUCAAGGGUUUCAGUUACCAAAUCCUACUGCAGGCUCUGAGUUAGCCUGGAUCCCUGGAGCCAGCAGCAGCGGGAGCUACAAUACCUUGAGAAAUGGAAGAGCUAUGGAGGGGCAAGGUCAAGGGCUUUCUUUGUCACUUUCCUCAUCUUUAAGAAACUUGGAAGCUUCUAAAUUGAGCAUUGGGCAUGGUGAAUUGUACUUCCAUGGCCAAGAAAUAGAGCCCUCACAUAACCCUUAUGUGAUGAAAGAUUUUGGGGGUGCUAACCAGCAGCUGUUCCAUGCUCAAACUCAUCAUGUGCUCCCUGCAGAUCAUCACAGUCAAUUUCAUUUUGGGCUUUUGGAGUCUGCAAGAAGCAUGAAUUUUCUGAGGAAUUCACGAUACCUGAGAGCUACCCAAGAGCUGUUGGAAGAAUUCUGCUGUGUUGGGAGAGGCCAUUUGGGGAUUAAUCACAGAUUCAGGACUCAAGAUAAAAACCCUAAUUCAGUUUCGGAUAACAGUGAAGACCAUGCUGCUCAUCCUUCUUCCUCCAAAGAUCACCCUCCAAUUUCGCCUGGCGAAAGGUCUGAGUACCAGAGACGGAAAAUCAAGCUCUUAUCAAUGCUUGAUGAGGUGGAUGGAAGGUAUGCAAGGUACUGCGAGGAAAUGCAGGCGGUUGUGAAGUGGUUUGAGACGGUGGCGGGGCAAGGUGCGGCGGCGGCGUACACAAGGCUGGCGCAGAAGGCGAUGUCGCGGCACUUCCGGUGCAUAAAGGAUGCGAUAGCGGGGCAGGUGAGGCAGACGUGCGAGUGGCUGGGGGAGAAGGAGGUUGGGGUGGGGGGUGGGGGUGGGCUGACCAAGGGAGAAACGCCGCGGCUGAAGGCGGUGGAGCAGAAGUACAGGCAGCAAAAGGCGAUGAUGAUGCAGCAGCAACAUGUGGGGGGGAUGAUGAUCAUCGAUUACGAAUCCUGGAGGCCCCAGAGAGGCUUGCCUGACCGCUCUGUUAACAUACUCAGAGCCUGGCUUUUCGAGCAUUUCUUACAUCCGUACCCGAGUGAAGCAGACAAACAUUUGCUGUCUCGACAGACUGGUUUAUCCAAAAACCAGGUUUCAAAUUGGUUCAUUAAUGCUAGGGUUCGGCUGUGGAAGCCCAUGGUGGAAGAAAUGUAUCAGCAGGAGCUACAGGAGGAAGAAGACGAUGAGCCACAACAGUACCACCAUGCUGGAGAUCCUCUGUCACACGGUCCAAUGCACCCACCAGUGGCCAGCGAAUUGGAAAUCAAUGCACCAGCUGAUCAUAAUAAGGACUACUCCUCCUCCUCACACAGUCCAAAUAGUACCACCGCAACCAGACCGGCGCCGCCGCCGCUCUCCACCGCCGAUGGCAAUUACGUAAUUAGGGUUGGGAGCAGUACUGCACAGGGAGGUGACGUGUCUCUCACUUUGGGGCUUAGGCAUUCUGAAAAUAAUGUGCCAGGAAUGAGCCAACUCUCAAUUAGAGACUUUCAGGCCUUAAUUUAAAUUACAAAUUUUAAUAUAUAUAUAUAUAUAUACACAUACACAGAUAUUAGUAGUGGUUUAUAUAUAUUUAUAAGUUGUGUGUUGGAUUUUUGGUUUUUAAUCUGUUUGUUGUGAUUUAUAUGUAUAAGUUUGAGUGGAAACAUUUACUUGUAUAUAUGUGAAGGAGAAAAUUAUGUAUAUAUAUAUAUAUUAUGUAAUAAUGUACGUAAUUGAAUUAUAUUUGAUGGUGAGGUUGAUGGUACAAUUUAU